GGCCCAGGCAUAUGGACGCGUCGGCGUUCACGCUCACGUCCGGCAACAUGGACGAGCUCACGAACUAUCAGUUCUACAAGAAGGUGUUCUCGCGCUAUUUCUGUCCUGUCUGCGGUGUAGAGCUGUUUGAGACGAAGCCGAGCGAGAACAUGGUUGGGGUGCACGUACGCACUGUAGACGGAAUUGACGUGGCGAAGCUGACGCGGGAGCCAUUCGACGGUGCUACGUUACUAUAAGAUUAGCAGAACAGCAUACCAGAACAUGUUGUAGACAGGUCAAGUGCGUUGGGAGCGGAAAUAAGUUGCAGUCCUGAGUCCCGU